AUGUUAGAUUAUUUAAAAGAAACAAAAGAUGUUGAAUAUUUUACUUCAUUAGCAACAUUAAUGGCUAAUUGUAGUGUAUUUGAUCUUGAUACAUUUGAACGUUGUAUUAAAGCUGAAGUACUUGGUGUUGGUUCGAAAGAAAUGGCUGGAGAAAAAAAUUUACAUGAUGCUGAUUUUAUAAUAUCACUUUUUCGUUUUUGUCAACUUUUAUGUGAAGGACAUAAUCUUGAAUUUCAAAAUUAUCUUCGUUUACAAAUUGGAAGUAGUACAAAUGUGAAUAUUAUUAUUUGUACUGUUGAUUAUUUACUUAGUUCACAAGAAUCAUUAAUGGAUUUUUAUUGGCAUUAUUCAGGCAAAGAAACAAUUGAUGCAUAUGGAAAAGAAAAUCUUUGUCGAGUUAUUAUUGUUGCUAAACAAGUUUUUAAUACAUUAACAGAAUAUAUUCAGGGUCCAUGUUCACAAAAUCAAUUAGCAUUAGCAAAUAGUCGUUUGUGGGAUGCAAUUGCUGGAUUUUUCUAUAUUUUUGCACAUAUGCAAAGAGAAUUAUCUCAAGAUCCAACACAAAUUGAAUUAUUACAUGAAUAUAUGAAAUUACAAAAAGAUAUGAUUAUUAUGUUAUUAUCAAUGCUUGAAGAUUUAAUAACAUCUGAAGCUUUUCAAGAAUAUGAUAUAAAUAAAGAUGGAUUUAUUUCUCCAAAAGAAUUUCGUCGAGCUAUGGAAACACAAAAAGUCUAUACAAAUCAAGAUAUAGAUUAUAUAUUAAAUUGUGUUGAUAUAAAUCAAGAUGGAAAAAUUGAUUUUAUGGAAUUUACAGAACGUUUUCAUAAUCUAGCUAGAGAUAUUGGUUUUAAUAUGGCUAUUUUAUUAACAAAUUUAUCUGAACAUAUGCCACAUGAUAUACGUUUACAACGUUUAAUGGAUAAAGGAAAAAGUUUUCUAUCAUAUUUUCAAGAUCAUCUUGAUAGAAUUGAAAUAAAAGGUGGUGCUGAUUAUAUUGAACGUGAAUCGAAAAAAACAUUUUUACAUUUAGUUAUUAAUGAAACAGAUGAUAAAGAAAAAUUAGAACAAUUUAUUAACUUUUGUGAAGAUACUAUUUUUGAAAUGCAACAUGCAGUUGCUAUCAGUGGUGAAGAAGAUGAUCAAACAUAUCGAAGAGCAAAAUCUUCAAAUAUUGAAUCAAAUAUUGUUCAUCCACCAACAUGUAAACCUAUGAAAUUAGCUCUAUCAUAUUCUUGA